AUGUCAUCUUCUUCCUCUUUUACGAGUAAUUCACAGUACUGUCCUCGAUGGAAGUAUGAUGUCUUUCUUAGUUUUAGAGGUGCAGACACUCGGAGAACAUUUAUGGGUCACUUGUACGAAGGUUUGAAAAACAGGGGGAUAUUCACUUUUCAAGAUGAUAAAAGGCUGGAGCAUGGAGAUUCCAUCUCAGAAGAACUCGUGAAAGCUAUAGAAGAGUCUCAAGUUGCCCUUGUUGUUUUCUCAAAGAAUUAUGCUACGUCAGGGUGGUGCUUGAAUGAACUAGUGAAGAUUAUGGAUUGCAAGACUCAAUAUGGACAAACAGUCAUACCGAUCUUCUAUGAUGUGGAUCCAUCACAUGUUCGAUACCAAAGUGAGAGCUUUGCAGAAGCAUUUGCCAAACAUGAAUCGAGGUAUAAGGAUGAUGUUGAAGGAAUGCACAAGGUGAAAAGAUGGAGGAUUGCUCUAAGUGAUGCCGCAGAUCUAAAAGGUUGUGAUAUCCGCCAAGGGAUCGAAUCAGAGAAUAUUCAGCAGAUUGUCAACCAAAUAUCUUCCAAAUUAUGUAAGAUUUCUUUAUCUUAUUUACAAGAUAUUGUGGGAAUAGAUACUCAUUUAGAGAAAGUAAAUUCCCUACUAAAGAUGGAAAUCAAUGAUGUUCGGAUUGUGGGAAUCUGGGGAAUGGGGGGAGUCGGUAAAACGACAAUAGUAAGAGCAAUUUUUGAUAUGCUCUCACCUCAAUUUGAUGGUGCUUGUUUCCUUGCGGAUAUCAAAGAAACUAAAGAAAUGCACUCUCUGCAAAAUAUCCUUCUCUCUGAACUGCUAAGGAAAAAAGAAGAAUAUGUGAAUAAUAAGGUGGAUGGGAAGCACUUGAUGGCUCGUAGACUUCGUUUUAAGAAGGUCUUAGUUGUGCUUGAUGACAUAAAUCACAGAGACCAUUUGGAUAACCUAGCAGGGGACCUUGAUUGGUUUGGCAAAGGCAGUAGGAUUAUUGCAACCACAAGGGACAAACAUUUGAUAGGGAAGAAUGAUGUAGUAUAUGAAGUGACUACACUAGUUGAUCAUCAAGCUAUUCAAUUGUUCAAUCAACAUGCUUUCAAGGACGAAGUUCCAGACAAGUCAUUUGAGAAGCUAACGUUGGAGGUGGUAGGUCAUGCGAAUGGACUUCCUUUAGCCCUAAAAGUGUGGGGUUCUUUCUUACACAAUAGGGACAUAACUGCAUGGAGAAGUGCUAUAGAGCAAAUGAAAAUGAACUCUAAAUCAGAAAUCGUUGAAAAGCUCAAAAUUAGCUAUGAUGGACUGGAGACCAUACAACGAGAUGUAUUUCUACAUAUAGCAUGCUUCUUACGAGGGCAAACAAAAGAGUACAUCAUGCAAAUUCUUGAGAGUUGUUAUGCUGGAGCAGGUAUUGAAUUGAGCGUCCUUAUUGACAAAUCUCUUGUGUUCAUCUCUGACGAUGAUACAAUUCAAAUGCAUGACUUAAUACAAGAUAUGGGUAAAUAUAUAGUAAAACUGCAACAGGAUGAUCCCAGUGAAUAUAGCAGACUAUGGGAUCCUAAUGAUUUCGAAGAAGUGAUGGUGAACAAUACAGGAACCAAGGCAACGGAAGCAAUCUGGUUACACGGAAUUCAACAUCUAUGCUUUAGCAAAAAAGCCAUGAAAAAUAUGAAAAGGCUUAAAAUAUUACGAAUUGGGAAUUUUCGUACAAAUGAUGACUCUAUUGAGUACCUGCCCAACAGCUUGCAUUGGUUUGAUUGUGAUGGAUAUCCUUGGGAAUCAUUGCCAAAAACUUUUGAACCCAAAAGACUUGUUCAUCUUAGGCUUUCGUGGAGUUGGUUGAGUCAUUUAUGGACUGAAAUAAAGCAUUUGCCAUCUCUACGGACGCUAGAUCUUAGCUAUUCUUAUAACCUUAUGCGAACACCAGAUUUCACUGGGAUGCCAAAUUUGGAGGAUUUGGAUCUGAUGGAAUGUACGAGUCUUGAAGAGGUUCACCAUUCCCUGGAGUAUUGCGGAAAACUCAUUCGAUUAAAUUUGAACGAGUGUGUAAGCCUUGUGAAGUUUCCAUGUGUUAACAUGGAAUCUCUUGAAUAUCUGGAUCUAGAUAGUUGCUCUGGUUUAGAGAAAUUUCCAGAUAUCGUUGGAAGAAUGAAGCUGGAGUUAGAUAAGCACCAAACUCAGAGUACCGUGCUGUAUUUGACUGGUUUAAAAAGCCUUGUAGCUCUUCCAAGCAGCAUUUGUAAGUUCAAAGGUUUGGUGAAACUAUAUGUGUGGGGGUGCUCAAAACUUGAAAGUUUGCCAGAAGAGAUAGGUGAUUUAGAAAACUUGGAGGAGCUUGAUGCCAAAUGGACUCUAAUUUCACGUCCUCCAUCUUCCAUCGUCCGCUUGAACAAGCUUAAAUUAUUGAUAUUCGCAAAACAUAAAUCAGAAGAUGGAGUGUUCUUUGUAUUCCCUCACGUGAAUGAAGGGUUACGCUCAUUGGAAAUUCUGGAUCUCAGUUACUGCAAUUUAAUAGAUGGAGGACUUCCGGAAGACGUUGGAUGCUUGCACUCAUUGAAAGAGUUGACCCUCAGUGGAAAUAAUUUUGAGCAUUUGCCUCGAAGCAUUGCCCAACUUGGUUCUCUUCAAACCUUGGACUUAUCACAUUGCAACAGGCUUACACAGCUGCCAGAAUUUCCACAACAAUUAGAUACAAUAAAUGCAGAUUGGAGCAAUGAUUCUUUCUGUAAUUCGUUGUUUCAGAAUAUCUCCUCAUUGCAGCAUGCCAUCUGUGCUUCAGAUUCCUUGUCACUAAGAGUGUUUAUGAGUUGGGCGAAGAAUAUCCCAGGUUGGUUUCUCCAUCAGGCAAUGGGUGCAAGUGUAUCAGUCGCAUUGCCUGAGAAUUGGUAUGUAUCAGAUAACUUCUUGGGAUUUUCUGUAUGUUACUUGGGCAAAUUAAUUGACAUCACAGCUCAUUUGAUUCCCUUAUGUGAUGAUGGGAUGUCGUCGAUGACCCAGGAAUUUUCCUUAUCCAACCAUUCAGAAUAUACUGAUGAAGAUACUAUUCAUUUUUUGUUGGUACCUCUUGGUGGCUUGUGGGAUGCAUCUAAAGCAAAUGGAAAAACACCAAAUGACUAUGGGUGCAUUAGGUUAUAUUCCCCUCAAGAAAGGAAUGAUUUUGGAGAAAUAAAUGAUUUUGGAGAAAUAAAUGAUUUUGGAGUUCGUUUGUUGUAUAAAGAUGAAGCUGAGCUUCACAUUGGGAUAAGGAGGAGCAGAUAUGAAGAGGCCAGUAGCUCCUCUUCUAAGAAACAAAGGUCACAAGUCUUGAGAUACGUUGGAGUUGUCGAGCUGCAAAGAUACAAUAAAGAGUGCACAACUCUCAGAGCAGACCGGGAAACAGAGAACAAAACCGGUGAUUCUGCCUGUGAACAGAACAACUCGACUCUUGGGCCGAGAGAGAGAUUCAUGAAAGAACUUGGGUAUGCAAUAACCGAUAUAAAUUUUGAUGCUCUCUCAAAGAGGCAGCAUGGAUGCAAACUUGGAGUUUCGCGUAACACUGCAUAUGAAGGGCACAUAUUACCUCUGCCUGAGAAAGAGAUUCGCAAAAGAACUUGUAUGAGCAUUGGAACUAUUAGUAAGUCGCCUCACAUCACAAAGCUAACGGAGCAAAGGGAACUAUUUCCAGGAAUCAAACGUAUUCCACUGGAGUCGGAGUUGGAGCUAGAGUUGUGUGAAUUAGAAUCAAAGUUGUCAAAAGAGAUGAACAUGCAUAGCUUUUGCUUAUCAUAA